AUGGAGCUGAGCUUCGACCCAUCGGAGCUGCAGCCGCUGGAGGAGUACGACUUCGAGAGGAACUUCAAUGAGCAGGAAGCUCGGGAAUGGAUGCAGGAGAACUGGCACAUGUCUGUAUAUAUUUCUGUGGCUUACCUGAUCCUGAUCUUUGGAAUCCAGCAUUUCAUGAAGGAACGGAGAGGCUACCAACUGCGCGUACCACUGACCCUGUGGUCCCUCAGUCUGGCCUUGUUCAGUGCCAUUGGGGCCCUUCGGAUGUGGAAGCAAAUGGCCUUGAUCCUCUCUACCAAGGGACUUAAGCAGUCAGUGUGUAGUCAAUCCAUCUAUAUCCACCCUGUCUCCAAGCUUUGGUCAUAUUUAUUUGUGCUAAGCAAACUCAUGGAACUGGGUGACACUGUGUUCAUUGUUCUCCGGAAAAAGAAGCUCACCUUCCUCCACUGGUACCACCACUCUGUAACAUUGAUCGUCGCCUGGUAUCACUAUAAGGAUAUGCUUGUUGGCAGCAGCUGGCCUGCAGUCUUGAACUUCAGUGUCCAUGCUGUCAUGUACUCCUACUAUGCAGUGCGAGCCACAGGCUUCCAAGUACCCCACUUCAUCGCCAUGACAAUCACCAUUUCACAGACGCUGCAGAUGCUGGCAUAUGUAAUAAUGAACAUCUUGAUCAUCUUCUGGAUGGAGGAUAAGGUCUGCCACACCACCUGGACAGGUGUUUUCCUUACAUCUGUGCUGUAUCUCAGUUUGCUGGUGCUCUUCUGCAACUACUUCUUCAAGACUUAUCUGAGGAGCACCCAGAAAUCAAAGGGGGAAUAA